GAGCAAUUGUGUGUAUGAGAGAGAGUGCGUGCAUAUGGUCCAUGACUUACAAGAAAGGAAGAGGCUCAGCGAGAGAGCAGAACCGGGCCGGACGAGGAUGCUCGGUUAGGUGGUAGCGGAUGGGGAGCCGCGGGGCUUUCUGAGCCGACAGCCGAGGAUGCCUCUCCGUGGACGAAGGAUGUUCUGGGGCUGUGCAGGGAUGCUCCUCUGCCUGGCCGGGUUGCUCCUGCCUCGGAGCGCCGCCUCGCCCUGCCUGGAGCAGUGCAGGUGCUACAUGAACACCUUGUUCUGCCAGGAGCCCAACACCAUCCAGAACUUGGCGCAGCUGCGGGGCUUGGAGAACUUCACAGAAAUAGUCAUUGAGAACCAGAUUACUCUGACAAACUUGACUCAGGAUGACAUGAAGAAUCCUCGAGAGCUGAAGAACCUAACCAUUUCAAGGACGCAGCUGCAGUUCAUUGCACCAGACACCUUCAAAGGCAGCCUGAACCUGACGCAUGUGAACCUGGCCUACAACCAGCUGCGCUUCCUGUCCUGGAGGCUCUUCCACCACCUCCAUCUCCAGGAGCUGGUGCUGAUUGGGAACCCUCUCCAGUGCACCUGCCGCCUCCGGUGGCUGCAGGUGUGGCAGGAGAGCAGGCAGGCCGAGUCCUUGGGCAACCAGUCCCUUCACUGUGUGGCAGAGGGCAAGAAGGUGAUCCCUGUGGCUAACAUGACCAUUGCAGGCUGUGAAUUCCCGCGGGUCUGGAUUGAGUACAACCAGGUGCCCUUGGGAGAGGGAGAGAGCGUCACCCUGACCUGCAACUUCACUGGAGAGCCACGGCCAGAUGUGCGCUGGUUGCUGCCGAACGUCUGGAUGGACCUUCCUCCCCGCAUCACCCAGAAGUCUGAGUCUGAACUCCAGCUGCAGAUCUGGAACGUCUCCUCUGACUUCAACCUCCAGAAUAUCACCUGCCAGGCAGAGAACGAAGCUGGACUUGCAGAGGCUGUGGCCCAGCUGAAUGUGACGUUUCCUGCCGUGAUUGUUGAGGUGGGCUCUGUCCUGCGGCAGUUCCACAAGGACUGCAUCCCCUUCAUUGUGAACGGCAACCCCACGCCCCACAUCUGGUGGCAGCUGGACGGCGAAGCCCUGCAUGAGAAUGACUUCAUGUACACCAUCUUCUUCUCCGAGGAGAAGAACACCACAAAGGUCCAUGGGUGCCUGAACUUCGACAACCCCACGCACGUCUCCAAUGGCAACUACACACUGCUGGUGCGCAACGAGCUGGGCAACGACUCCUGCACCACUUACCAGCACUUCAUGGACCCCCCUGGGGUGGGCAUUCGUCCAGAGGAUCCCAUUCCUGGAAAAGGUGACAUGAACAGCACUGAGCGUGAAGGGCCAGUGGAGACUCCUGAGGAGCACACCAUUGGGAUCUCGGUGGCCGUGGUCCUGGCAGUCUGUGCCUGCCUCUUCCUCUCCAUCAUGCUGAUCAUCCUCAACAAGUGUGGGCAGCACUCCAAGUUCGGAAUUAACCGGUCAGCUGUGUUGGCGCAAGAGGAUGACCUGGCCAUAUCCCUGCAGUUCAUGAACUGGGGCAGCAGCCCCCUUUCCUCUGCGGAGAGCAAGCUGGACGCCCUCAAGACCAACUUCAUCGAGAACCCCCAGUACUUUUGCAAUGCCUGUGUCCACCACAUCAAGCGCAGGGACAUCGUCCUGAAGUGGGAGCUGGGAGAGGGAGCCUUUGGCAAAGUCUUCCUGGCUGAGUGCUACAACCUCAGCUCUGUUCAGGAGAAGAUGCUGGUGGCCGUCAAGACCCUGAAGGAAGCCACAGAGAACGCCCGCCUGGACUUCCAGCGUGAAGCAGAGCUGCUGACAGUCCUGCAGCAUGAGCACAUCGUCAAGUUCUACGGGGUCUGCACUGACGGGGAGCCCCUCGUCAUGGUCUUUGAGUACAUGAAGCACGGAGACCUCAACCGCUUCCUCAGGUCCCACGGACCUGAUGCCAAGAUCCUGGACAAUGGGAAUGGACAGUCUUUUGGCCAGCUGAACCUUGGCCAGAUGCUGCAGGUGGCCACUCAGAUCGCCUCUGGGAUGGUCUACUUGGCCUCCCUGCACUUUGUCCACCGGGACCUGGCAACGCGGAACUGCCUGGUGGGCCACAACCUGGUGGUGAAGAUUGGGGACUUUGGCAUGUCCAGGGACAUCUACAGCACCGACUACUACCGGGUUGGGGGCCGGACAAUGCUGCCCAUCCGCUGGAUGCCCCCAGAGAGCAUCCUGUACCGGAAAUUCACAACAGAGAGUGACAUCUGGAGCUUCGGGGUGGUCCUCUGGGAGAUUUUCACCUAUGGGAAGCAGCCCUGGUACCAACUCUCCAACACGGAGGCUAUUGAAUGCAUCACCCAGGGGCGUGAGCUGGAGAGACCCCGGACGUGCCCCUCGGAGGUCUACGACAUCAUGCAGAGCUGCUGGCAGAGAGAGCCGCAGCAGCGGCAGAGCAUGAAGGACAUCCACAGCCAGCUGCAGACCCUGGUCAAGGCGCCCCCUGUCUACCUGGAUGUCCUCAGCUAAGGCUGGGGCGGGGCAGGAGGAGUGUGAAGGAGGGAGAGGUGGGCAGGCGGGUGCCAGCUUCUCUGCACCUCCCCAGCGCCCACCAAGAGUUGCACACCAUGAACCCUGGAGACCCUGCUGCCAUGGCUGGCUGCUGGAUGGUGCUGGUGAAAGCUCUCCCCGUGUCCCCCCCCCGCACCUCUAUACCUGGCAGAGGAGCGAAAGGCAAGGCAGCAGGUUCCCCAUCCACUAAAAGGGCCUCUUCCUUUGGAGGUCCCUAAAAUGCCUGCAGAAGCCAAGAGGUGGAGCUGCAUUUCCUCUGGAGGCUGAUGCCCCUUUCAGGCUUUUGCUCUGGUACUGGACAGACAACAAGAUGCCCAGUUUGAAGGAUGGGCACAUGGGAGGCACGAGCUCCCCCUCUGUGUUGGGAGAAGGAGGAUGGCUCAGUGCCUGGUGUCUCCUGGGACUGGACCUCCCAACCGCUUCCCUCCCUUGACUCACACCAGGAUGACAGGGGGGGGCUGUAUAUAUUCCACAACAUGUUGGGGUUGGGGUGGGGGAAGAAACUGUUGCCGCUGCUGCUAAGAAAUAGCUUAUUUAUUGUCCUAAGCGUUAGAUUUUCAUUAUAAAAAUAGCUU